AUGUUCGCAUCACCUCAAACCCCAUUCCGCCAAACAGGCCACUACACACCCUCACGCCCAUCCCCCCUCAACAUCUCAACACCCCCAUGGACAAUGUCCCCAACCCGACCCACCAACCAAGGAAGAACCACACUCUUCCAAACCGAGCCCGCAACCCGCCACACCCAAUCCCAGCUCUCCCCAAUCCCCCUCAACAUGAACAACAGCAACACCUUCGCACCAACCUUCAACGCACACCCACCCAGCUCACCAAACUCACCGAGCUCACCAACGCGCCCAAAACCCAAAUACGAAGCGCGGUACGCCGCGACAAUCGCAAACCCACUCAAGACCGGACUGGCGCGCAGCCGGACACGGAAAAUGUUCUUGAAUCGGGUGCGCAAUGAUCGCGACGAAGGACGGUUCGAGGCGCGCGGUGAGCAGAUGAUGCAUAUGGAGCAUCUUGCUGAUCGGAGGAGGUGGGAGGAGUCAAUGGCGCGGGAGGGAGAGAUUGCAGAGCUGGAUUUUGAGGAGGAUGAUAUGCUACCUGGUAUGUUUGACGUGUAUGUUUUGGGACUUGGUUUGCUAAUGCGGAUAGAUGAUGCGGAUGUUUUGGAUGAGUUGAUUUCGCAGGAGGAUAUGGAGAUGGCUAUGAGGGAGGCGCAGGCGCAGGCGCAGGCGCAAUUACAGGGUCAGGGACAGGGAUAUGCGCAUGGGCGUGUUGAUCAGUUGCGUGGGAAUGAUGAGGUUCCGUUCAGUGAUGAUGAUUAUGAUGAUAUUUUUAUGAGAUUGCAGGAGCAGUCGCAGGAUAUGGAUACGUCGUGA